CAAAGACCCGCAAAAAGUCGCAGGUAUACACGUAUAAUUAAUUUUUUGUUCAUGAGGAUAGAGGGGGGAAAUUUGCCGAAACCAGUCUGUAUGAACAUUAUGCUAAAACGCGGGCCCACCCCCAUCCAUUGUAAACAAGUAUGACCGGCUCAUACCCAACCAUAAUGGCAUGGCGUCACUUCACUACCACUUUGCCAAAAACAACAAAGACACGUCGCAAUACCUUGAACACAGUGAAAAAGCAUAUCGCGAGCACAUUGCAGAAGCUGUAGGCAUCGAUCCCAAACAGCGUAUCCUUAAUUAUUCUGCAGAAACACCAAAAAGGGCUUCUGGCGACAAGCACAAAGCAGGCCCUGCUGGUAGUAGUAGUAGUAUCAGCAGCGCCGCCUCCGACACUAGCAGAUCGUCACGAGUACUUCCAACACGGCGAAUUCUGACGGCAGCAGAAAAAAUCCUAGACGCACCGUACAUGACUGACGACUUUUAUCUCAACCUGCUCGACUGGUCCAACCAGAACAUUGUUGCAGUAGCUUUGGACAAGGCAAUCUAUCUCUGGAAUGCGGAUUACGGUACAAUCAAGACGUUGGACUACAGCAGUGAAGACGCAAUCACCUCGCUAGCAUGGGAAAUAAGCGGACAAUUCCUAGCAGUCGGCACAGACUCUGGCGAUACGCAGAUCUGGGAUGUAGAAGCCAACCAGAAACUUCGAUCCAUGCGUGGCCAUAUGGGCCGCGUGGGCGUUCUUUCGUGGAACAAAUACAUGGUUUCCUCAGGCGCCCGUGAUGGCAGUAUCUGGCACCAUGACGUGCGUGCGGCUAACCACAAGGUGUCCGAGCUCCAUGGCCACGUGGAUGAAGUGUGUGGUUUGGAGUGGCGGUCGGAUGGAAUGAUGUUAGCAAGCGGUGGCAACGAUAACACGGUCCAUCUGUGGGAUGCUCGCUUGACCAAGCCCAAGUUUAGUAAGACAAGCCAUUCUGGUGCUGUCAAGGCUAUUGCGUGGUGCCCUUGGGAUUUGAACUUGGUUGCUACCGGUGGUGGAAGAGACGACACGCUUAUCCACUUUUGGAACUCAACCCACGGUGGCAAGGUCAAAAGUGUAUAUACCGGCUCGCAAGUUACUUCACUGUUGUGGUCGAAACAUCAUCGCGAGAUCGUGUCGACCCAUGGCUAUCCCAAAAAUCAGCUGACGGUGUGGGGUUAUCCAGCAUUGAACAGAAUUGUUGACAUUCCCGGCCACGAGUCCAGGAUCUUACACUCAGCACUGAGUCCGGACGGGCAGGUUGUUGCCACUGCUGCCGCUGAUGAAAACCUCAAGUUCUGGCGUAUCUUUGAGCACGAUGGAAAGUUGGUGGGCAAUGAACGAAAACUUAUGCGGCGAAGCAACAGUCUGCGAUAAAAUUUCGAUCAAUUCGUUUCU